UGUGUGUGUGUGUAGCAUCCCACAAUGCCGUGAUAUCCGUGUUCCAGAGGAAAGACCUGGGAGAGAAUGAGCUUUACAUCCUCAAUGAGGGAGUCCGGCAGCUGUUGAAGACUGAGCUGGGAUCGUUCUUCACUGAAUACCUCCAGAACCAGCUUCUCACGAAGGGGAUGGUCAUACUGAGAGAUAAACUACGCUUCUAUGAAGGGCAGAAGCUGCUGGACUCCUUGGCUGAGACCUGGGACUUCUUCUUCUGUGACGUGCUGUCCAUGCUGCAGGCUAUCUUCUACCCUGUCCAGGGGAAGGAACCCUCAGUGAGGCAGCUGGCUCUUCUUCACUUCAGGAACAUCAUCACUCUGAACCUCAAGUUGGAGGACUCUCUGUCCCGACCUCGUGCCCGCACCCCCCCCUCCAUCAUCCAGAUGCUCCUCAUACUGCAGGGGGUCCAUGAGUCUAAAGGGGUGAGUGAGGACUACCUUCGUCUGGAGGGUCUUCUACAGAAGGUGGUGUCUCCGUACCUGGGCACCCAGGGCUUGUUCUCCCCCGACGGCUCCAACAGCCACUGCUCCUGUGUGCUGGAGAAGCGUCUUCAGAAGCGUUGGCCGAGGCCUGGCGACCCCCCCACCAAGAACCCGGUGGUCCGGUCCCAGAGCUACAACAUCCCCAUGCUGACGCCCGUGGUGGAGUACGACCCCGAGGCCUCCUCCACUGGCAGCAUGGGCAUCCGCCGCCACUCUGUCUGCGAGAUGACUUCCUGUCAGGAGGAGCAGAGCUCCAUGUCCGACACCACCAGCUCCUCCCAGGUCUCCACGGCGUCCCUGGCCCAGCCGGGAAGCCCCUCCCUGGGGCAGGAUCCAAGCCUGACAGGGGGGAUCCUGGAGGGACCCCAGCUUCAAAUCCAGCUCCAGCCCCGAUCACAUUCCCCCUCAAUCUUCCCCACGCACUCCCCAGGAGGGCUACUGCAAGCUGGGGAGCUGCUGGUGUCUCUGACCAGCCCUCCCACCCUUCUCCAGGACACCUCCUUGGAGGCCAGCAGCUCGUCCAGCCCAGAGACUGUGGUGGACCAGCUGCUGGAGUCCAUGGACUCAGACCCAGAUGGAAUCUUCAUAGACUUCCCAUCUACCUGUUCUGGGUCUUCCUCUUACAGCAGGGAAAGUGGCCAGCAGAGUGUAGUAUAAGGAAACAAGGGCAUACAGACACAUGUGCACUGUAGAGAUAUGGAUGCUUUAUACACACACACACGCACACUAUACACACACUUUUCUUAAGUUGGUUUUUCAAAGAAUCUACCCUUCUGGGGUAUUGUGAUUAUUUUUGUUAACUACACUUUGUAGUGUUUAGGGAACUUCUGUUUCUAGUUGAUCUCUACCUCUCUGUUGGCUUUUGGAUGCUCCUGAGUGACCUAAAGAUGCUAUUUUGCUGAAUUCAUACUGAAUACCAGUGUAUUCACAUACAGUACUGUUUUUUCUCAACUAAUCUCUUACCUUUUUGAUGGAUAGUCCCCUUUGUCAAUGUAUGGGACUGUUUCAAUGUAGCUGCAUAGUUGGAUGAUAUCCAUAUCAAAGAUGUUAACUGUGUGCAUUCAGUUAUGAAGAAUGUGUAAACAUGACCCCUGUAAGCAAUCUAUGAAGGCAGACUUUUUAGUAAAUCGGUUUAUUUUCUAAAGGGAUGAUAUUAUGUUGAUCUUGCACCUCUCACUUUCUAUAAAUCUAUUUCUAUACAGAUGGUCGAAAAUGUGUUUAAUUAAAUUG